AUUUUAACUGACGAGAAAAACUCCCGGAACACCAGUGUAGUUCGCAAGCUACGUUAAAUGAGUUCCAUAAAUUUCGUUACUAUUGUGUUGUGUGCAUUCCAGCUGGUAGGCGCUAGUCGGCAGAGAUGGGGCAUCCCUUCUUGUAAUACAGUCCCACAGCUUGAAGGCCAUACACUUACAAUGGAACUAAUUUGUGAAAACGAAUUCCCUGAAAUAGAUUCAUUAUUCUUUUUUUUCCUUUAUCCAACUGCGGAUGACGGCCGAUGUCAGUGGAACGAAUUUAGUCGACAAUAUUCUACUCUAUGUGAAACCUCACACGCAUCACCUCAAAAAAAUAUUCAAGUAAUCUUCGAGUACGUCUACAGCGGAAGCUACUGUUUGGCUGUUUACCGUAAUAAAUUGACCGUUAGCCUACCGAUAUGCAGCUUUGAAAUGCCUUUUUAUCUCGAAACGGAAUUGACGGAAAUGGACGUCGAAAUGUGGAGGCCUACAAUAACCCUCCAGCAACAAGGGUUUAAUGACCUCUUCAUUCAGUUGGACAACAGUCAUAGCGAUGGCUACAAUUUCAGUAUGUUUGAUAUUGAAAUACACGCUGUUGACGAUUCCAUUACACAUUGCGACCAGCUACCUGUUAUGCCUAAAACAAAACCCAUCACUGUGAGCACUUCCGGGAAAUCACUUACUCUUAGUAACCUAACGGAGGGAAAUUACUGCGUAGAAGUUACCCCCGUCGAUGUCAGAUGCAUAUAUCCUUUUUCGUCGACUAAUCUUCCAUGUACAAGAUCAAGUAACACGACCCGAAUUACCUUUUCUCAUAGAGGAGAUUACCAGAAAGUAGUUGUCACUGGAUCGGUAACCGUUUUAUUGUUGAGCUGCUUGACUGCGACCGUCAUUUUUCUAAAGAAACACAACAAAGCAAAGAAAGGGAAAUGCAGCAACAGAAUUAAACAUAGGCAAAUGUCAUCAGUGGCAAUAUUUCUCCUUCAUUCUAAUGACGAGCGACUCCGAAGUUCUGUCAAGAUGUUGAAAGACGCUUUGCAUGCGAGACUACCAUCGUGCGAGAUCGACGAUCAUACGGAUGAACACCAGUGGGAGAGUGUGGCCCAUGAAGGUAUAAGCUGGUUUCUUUCACGCCUGAAUGAAGAAGAAAAAUACAUCAUCGUCAUCGCACCUUUUCUUGAAGGAGAUGUUUUCAAUCAAAGAGAAUUUAGUGAAACUUACUAUUUUCCCUUUGCAUUACAGCAACUACAAUCAAUUGCAUCAUCAUCUGCUUAUCAAAGAAUCCUUAUUGUUUGGUUUCAACAUGAUUCCAAGGUUGAAUGUGUUCUCUUUAGAAAAUUUGGAAAUCCAUUCACUAACUUUGUAAUGCCACAAGAUCUUGACCUUCUUGAACAACAUAUUAGGAAUUUGGCGGAUCAGGACUAUGUCUGA